CGUGACCUUUCAGUAACCAUAGAGGGCAGAGACACUUUAAGUGUGCGCGCGCCCGCGAUAAAGCUAUGGCUCAGAAUGGCCAAAAUAAUAAAAAUAAACACGAAGAUAAAGCGCCAGAAGAGAAUCACAGCGAUGACCGGAAACAGAAAGAUGAGGACUACGGCUACAGUUUAUAUCCGGGAAGAACACAAAGCAAAUACAAAGAAGGCUCGAUCGGAGAGAGUCUGUUCACCUUUAAACACAAGUGUCACAUCAUGCUGCAGUUCACACUGGACACUAAUCCAUAUGCUAAACUCUUGCUGGGAGCCAUGAGAAGUUCCGGCUGUACAGUUUAUAAAGACAGACAUUUCUCCUGUGAGGAUUGUGAUGGGACCGUCAGUGGAGGCUUUGAUGCUGCCACAUCUCAGAUUGUUUUGUGUCAGAACAACAUUCAUCAACAGGCUCAUAUGAAUCGAGUCGUCACACAUGAACUGAUUCACGCGUUUGAUCACUGCAGGGCUCGAGUCGAUUGGUUCAGUAACUUCAGACAUUUGGCCUGUUCAGAGAUUCGAGCAGCCAAUCUGAGCGGUGACUGCUCGUUUAUAAAUGAAAUCUCCAGAUUUAACUUUGGCCUAAAGAAACAUCAUCAGGAAUGUGUUCGCAAUCGUGCACUGCGCUCCAUCCUUGCAGUGCGGAAAGUGAGCAGGGAAGAGGCCGAACAAGUGCUCAAUGAGGUGUUUGAUAGCUGUUUUAAUGACCACGCCCCCUUUGGUCGCAUUCCACACAGCAAGAAGGAUGCAAAGUUUGCCAACAGGGAUUUUGAGAACAGAGAUCGGUACUAUGCGAACCUAUAAAUCAUAAAGACGACACAAACCAAUGUUUUUAUUCUCCCAAAGGUGCUUUUUUCAGUAAAAAAUUUCAUUAAAUAACACAGAUGAGCUGAAAUUCUGUCCAUUUCCAAAAUCUCAUUAAGUUAUACGGGCUGUUAAUUCAUUUGUGUGUUUUCAAGAUCACUUUACUGUGACUGUGCUCUUUCACUUUUAAUCAAUAGUAAAUGUGUAACAAACAACACGCUUUCAGCAUUUGAACUGCACUACAAACUGACAGCAAAUAUGAGGAAUAGCAUGAUUUUAUAUCAUUCUUUAUCUUAAGACUUUAAAGGAAGAAACAAACUUGUAAAUUAAUAAAUAAAUUCAUUUCGUAUGAAAUAUAGUGCAGUGCGUUAUGUCAGUGUUGUUUACAUUGUGAUGAGACAUUUAAACAGAUAAAUGUCAAGUCUGCAACAUCACUGUUGAUUGUAAGACAUUAUUAUGAAUAUGAAAUCUAAAUUAAAAAUUUAAUUAUUGUG